UUUCAAUCAGAUUUCACUAAUUCACAUGCAUACCAUAUACAUUCAUACAAACAUAAUGAUUGACAUAGUAUUAUAGAGAGAAAGUCAUGUAUGUAAUGCUGUGUAAUUGUAAGAGACCAUUAACUAUCAUGGACCAUUUUAAUGUCAUUAUUGAAUAUCAAUUGAAACAUUACAGUGACCUAAGGUGACCCUAAGGCUAUACACAAAAGCCGGUAUCGUCUAUUGAACCCUGUAACAAACCUCUGGUCAGUUGUAUGGUUUGGACAUUCCACGUUGACGUAAGUACAGUACGAGUAGUUUAUAAACAUCCUGUAAACAUCUCCUGCUACAAAGGUACUCUAUAUGCAAUAAUUAUCGUAGAAUUGAUUUUUACUGUUCCAGUCAAUCCUCACGUCUCUUGAGCUCCGACUGAUAGUUGUGACCUUGUUCUUAUCCUGAUGGACUCCAGUGAUACCGAUCCCGAAUAAAUGGAUACCUGGAAUAUGAGCAAUUCUCUUUUUCCCGAUUGUAAAAUGAACGAUGAAUCUUUCUUAGUCUUCCGUCAAACGACACUGACUACCAUUGCCUGAUCCUUGGUAUAACCACCACAGUAGCCUUGUGAUUGCUGUAGAGUUGACGGCCUUGUGAUUGCUGUAGAGUUGACGGCCUUGUGAUUGCUGUAGAGUUGAAGGUCUUCUUGGUGUCUCGACUACUUCAAUCCCAUCAAACUGGAGAAAGAAGAAUACGGCCUUAGUUACCUACAAUGAUGAGAAUAUACAAACUCAAAUUGUGUUUAGUUAUUUGCGCCGUCUUUGGUUUUGGUGUUAUAUAUCUGACAACUCAGCUGCCUUGUUAUAAAUUAAAAACACUUACACCCCUCGACACCAACAUUUUACAGGCAAAUGGCUUUGUUUUAAACAAGCCACACGCCAUUAACGAAACUCGACAUGUGACGUCAAACGGUCAAAUACAAUUGGACAACUAUCUUCAGAUGAAAGUAACAAACGCCAGCCGUUUUCUGUCACCACAACUGACAAAGGUAACAGUUUUACCACACAAGGUUCCUCUUCGAGUCGGGGAUAGUUUGAGGGUGGAUAUUCGCCUGUUCUAUACUGACGGUGAACCUGUGAAUACCGGCGGUGACUACCUCAGGAUAUGGUUAAGGGAGCCCGGCCUAAAGGCAAAUGUUAAUGGCUACGUCACAGAUCACGGGAAUGGGACGUAUACUGGAGUAGUACUGUUACCAUGGAAAGGUCAUCCAGAGGUCAUAGUGACGAUAGCUAACUCACGGCACCAUAUAUCCCUUAUCAUGAGUUACUUAGAAAAACACGGUACGUUACAUACAAUGGCUUCAAAAUUCAUAGACUCUACUGGUAAACAUGUGGAAGAAUCGGUAUGCUCUCCCAAACCGGAUGUAGUUCUGGAAGGAUGUGGUUUCGCAGAUAGAUGCAACUCUACCCAAUACAAUUAUGGGUUACCAUGGUUUUGCUGUAAACCAAAAUCUGAAUAUUUAACCUGUGAUGACAUAAAGACACAAGAAAGUCGUGAACAUACUACCCUCAGUAAAUUUGCUGUGUAUGUGGCUAGGCAUGAAAAACACAAGCACUUGACGUCAGUUAAAAUGGAGGUUGUAAAAGGAGAAGACGAUAGCGGGCGUAUUGUGUCACCUUCCAUGCCUUGUCGUAAGCGUGCGCCGAACAUCACUUGGCUGGACAACACUCUCUCGGGAUAUUAUUACAACGAAAAAUGGACAAACCUCAAAUGUAAAACUGAAUAUGUCGACUUCAAGUCUUGUCUCAAAAACAAACGAGUUGUAUCGUUGGGAGAUUCAAAUUGCCGCGCUCUGUACAAUAUCAUGUGUGAACGAACGGGCGCCGUGCACCUUACUAAACACUAUUCCAAAGAAAAGCCUUGGCAUAAACUGUUAAUGGCACGGAACACGGAAUUAAAUAUAGACCUAAUGUGGGCUCCUCAUAACUCGCCAUUUUAUGUAGGUCCGCACCAGCCUCUGGAAACAAUGCGAUCAGUUGGAAACUGGUUGGACAGGACACCUCAUGAUAAACCUCUAGUAGUCAUCAUACAUCUGUAUUAUCAUCUCACGAGGACGACAUUGUCUGUGUUUCGCGCCAUGGUCAAGGACGCGCGUGCUGGUGUUGAUCGUCUGCUCGCACGAGCUCCAGACUCCAAAGUGUUUAUACAGGGUCCCCAUUCAAUAACAUAUACAGAUGUUUUGGAACCCAUUGACUACUUACACCAGCGUCAUGAAGAAAUUUGGUUUCAGGAAUUCAUGGGAAUUCAUGAUAAAGUAUAUUGUAUAAAGCAUUGGGAUAGAACAGCUGGAAUGGAAAAUGUUAAUAUGCACCCGCAAAAGUACGCCAUGGCAGAUUUAACCAAUGAAAUACUAACUUAUUUGUGUGACUCACAUUCCUAAUUAACGUUGAAUAUCCUACUUGGACAUUGGUAUGGUUGUCGACUCUUUAUAACAUUCAGUUUCAUUCUAACUGUAUCUGGUAGAUGUGGUAUAGGACACGACUCCUUGAUCAUCUGUAUCUGGAAGAGGUGGU